CCUCUUCCAACCCCUCCACGCUCACACAAUCACCACCUUCUCUCUCAGCACAACUGAGCACAGCCAACCCAGAAACUCUGUCAUAAUGUCGGCGCCAGUUCCCUCCAACUUCAACGCCCAAGAGGCUGACAACCUCGAGGAUAUCGAGAAGCAAUUCGCCGUCAAGGUCGUCCAGCACAUGGAAACUUACUGGAAGAUCCUUGAGAAGGUCAAGGGCUCCACGCUGCGCCUGACCAAGAUCGACGACGAGAUCUACGAGCACCUGAAGACCGACUUCCCCGAGUUCGACCCCUCCGCAACCAUCAACGAGGAUGAGAUGAAGAGCAAGACCGGCAAGGAACGGUGGCGCAAGUUCAUGAUGGCCUACGAGAACAAGGUCGACGACUACAACUUUGGCACCAUGCUCCGCGCCAGCCCCAAGUUCGAGUAUGGCCAGAACGAGGUCAUUUUCGCGCCCCGUAUGCAGUUCUACGCCAUCGAGAUUGCGAGAAACCGUAACGGUCUGAACGACUGGGUCUACGAGAAGGCCCAAGCCGACAAGUCUAGCUAAAGGAGAGAUUUAUCCGACAAUGGACGCCGUCUUAUGAGACGUCGCCAACCAAAUAUUGACUUGCGAUACCACCCGUGCUUCAUCACCUCGGCCAGAAAGCGCUUCGCCCGAGUUGACAGGCUAUGGGCAUGAAUAUCGAGCUGCGAAUGGUCUCACGAUCUCGGACGUAGAAUCUCAUUGAGCUGGGAAUGCCACGGUUUCGACCCGGUGGCUGUAUGAUGCGUAUGGCAUUUAAGGUCUGGACAUCGCUCUCAUUUCACCAUCCUCGGCCAUGGCUCAUGAGAAGGCGAUAUCAUGGGACUUAAUCAUGCUGGUAACUUGAGCAAGGUAUAUACUUGAAACUGAGCAAUAUGCCAGGCAACUGAAAUCGAGAUACUCUUUUGAACUCC